CUUAAUUUUGAAAAAUAAUUUUGUCCAAUUCAAAAUUAAAUCAAGUUGAAAUUGAAAUCAGACCAAACCACAAAUCAAAAUAAGACUAAACUGAAAUCAAAUUCUGAAUGGCUAUACUUUGGAUUGAAACCGAACCGAUACCAUAAGAAACCAGGAUCCAAUGGUUUGGUUUACGAUCAAACCAUCUACGUUGAAGCCACCAGUUUGGAAUUGGUACUAGUCCAAAACCGGACCGAGUCUUUGAAUUGAUCAUUUAAUUUUUUUUUUUUUUUUUAAAUGGGAUUGGUUGCUGGAUGGCAACCUUCUCCCCAAUGAAAUACAAGGAUCUACAAGAAUAAGUCUUAAGCAGAAUAAUUUGCCUAUAAAUUCACAAGCGUCUCUCAUCACUAACAUAUUCAUCAACCAUAUUGAUUUCAUUUCAAGAAAUAAUAUGGGUUCUGGAGGAGAAGCCAAUUUCACAGUCACGGUGAUCAGGAAGGAGGUGGUGGCAGCAGUACUACCACUGCAAGAGCAUUGGUUGCCACUCUCCAACCUGGAUUUGCUUCUUCCUCCACUUGAUGUUGGUGUUUUCCUCUGUUACAAGUCACAGAAGGACAUCAAUCCAAUGGUGAGUUUUGGGUCCAUGGUUGGGGUUCUGAAGAAGGCCAUGGCUCAAGUUCUGGUGUCCUACUAUGCCUUUGCUGGUGAGGUUGUAGCCAAUCCUUUGGGUGAGCCUGAGCUUCUGUGCAACAACCGUGGUGUGGACUUCUCUGAGGCUUUUGCUGAUAUUGAGCUUAAAGACCUCAACUUUUAUAACCCUGAUGAGAGUGUAGAAGGUAAACUUGUGCCUAGGAAGAAGAAUGGUGUGCUUUCUGUUCAGGCAACAGAACUGAAAUGUGGAGGUCUUGUAGUGGCAUGCACCUUCGACCACCGCAUAGCAGAUGCCUACUCAACCAACAUGUUUCUUGUAUCAUGGGCAGAGACAGCUCAAUCAAAGCCAAUAUCAAUCCUCCCAUCCUUCAGGCGAUCUUUGCUAAGCCCUAGACUUUCUGCUGGUUGCUUCGACCCUUCUAUAGACGAAAUGUUUGUGCCCAUCUCCUCAUUCUUACCUCCCAAAGAUCAGCCUGAGGCCAAUCCUGACGAUCAUCUCAUAAGUCGAAUAUAUUAUGUUAAAGCCCACGAGCUUACUCGACUACAGUCGCUUGCUAGCUCUAAUGGGUACAAGAGGACUAAGCUUGAGUCAUUCAGUGCAUUCCUGUGGCAAUUAAUCGCCAAAUGUGCUAGUAACGAAGAAAAUAGCACUACUGAAAGAACAAAGAUAUCAAAAAUGGGGAUUGUUGUGGAUGGGAGGAGUAGAUUAAGUGAUAAAACAACUCCUGAGAAGGCAAUACAAAUGGCUACAUACUUCGGAAAUGUGCUUUCCCUUCCUUAUGUUUGCAAGAGAGUUGAAGAACUUACUGAACUUCCAUUGAGUAGGGUGGCAAAUAAUGUCCAUAACUGCUUGGAAAAAGCAGCGACAAAGGAGCAUUUCUGGGCGCUGAUUGAUUGGGUAGAGGCUCAUAGGCCCGUGUCAGUAGUGGCUAAAAUAUAUACUAGAGCUAGGUAUGAUGGACCAGCCUUUGUGAUCUCAUCAGGGCAAAGGUUUCCAGUUUCGAAGUUGGAUUUUGGGUGGGGUGUGCCUGUUUUUGGGUCUUAUCAUUUUCCUUGGGGAGGCAACACCGGAUAUGUUAUGCCGAUGACAAGUCCGGGGGAGAACGGUGACUGGGUAUUGUAUAUGCACCUUUUCAGAGAGCAACUUGAAUUCUUGGAGGCUGAGGCUGCUCAUUUUUUUAAGCCCUUGAAUUGUGAUGAUUAUCUUAACCAAUAAUUACAUCAAACUAGCUUAUCAUGGUGUGUUUAAAUGAACCUUGUUUGUCUUUGAUUUGUACAUAUGAUCAAUGGAUAUCUUUGCACUUUGCAGA